UGACGUCAUAUCCGGUGAAUGCGGCGGCACAGGAAGCGAGCACCGACAGAGCUGUUUGUGUGUAAUGAAUACGCUCUCAUUCGUAUUGAAUUUUUGGAAUUCGCAUUUACCUGUUGCAGGGAUAAUCGCCAUCCUGCACCCAGGAUAAUAACGACUCGACACCGAACAGCGGCUACGCGUCGUUAUGUACCGCGGUUCUAGGCCGCACAGAGGCGGCUAUCAUCCCCCGCCGUCGCGUGGCUUCGGUUCCCGUCCUGGACCAGGCCGUUCCCCGGAUCCUUACCGCCGGCCGUCCCCGCGGAGGAGAUACUCACCAGCCGAUGAAUACCGAGGAGGGAGAGCUCCGCGAGGCUAUGGGAGGUACAGCCCAUCUCCUCCUCGUGGUGGGCUCCCUGUUGAUCACAGUCUGGUCAUAACUGUGGGCAACGAGCUGACCCAUCCAAGCGAAGCGCCCUAUGUCCGAGAUUAUGCUGCUGGGGAGUCACAGCAUAAUAAGCCCUAUUACUCUCCACGGAAGUCGAGCUAUGAUGGACACAGCGAUAGAGGUUCGAGGAGGCGCAGUGUUAGUCGCGGCAGGAGCAGGGCGCAGAGUCGCAGUCCUGGCUAUGGGCGCAGCAAAAGUCGCCCGCGCAGUCGCAGCAGGAGUCGGAGCUACAGUCGUGGUAGGAGUCCUGAACGGGCGAAGAGCCGAGCACGUAGCAAGAGCAGAACCCGUGGGAGGAGCUACAGUAGAAGCGGAAGCCGCAGUCGCAGACAGAGUAGGGCCAGGAGCAGGGCACGGAGCAAGAGCCGGCCACGGAGCCGCAGUCGUGAAAGGAGCCGUAGCAGGGGGAGAAGCAGAGGACGGAGUCGUGCUAGGAGCUGGAGCCACAGCGCCAGUCGUAGUGGUAGCAGUAGCAGCAGCGGCUCCAAUAGGAGUCGCCGCAGCUGCGUCAACAGGAGAGUCAAAUCAGGUGAUUUUAUGGUUCGGGAGGAGGACUUUACUGAGCUGGAGAAGGCCAGACGACGUAAAGAAAUCCAGGAUAUGCUUGUACAGCCUGCAAAGUCAAUUUUGAAGAAAAGAAUGGAUUCCUCCGAGACAGAUUCUCCCAUGCUAGCGCAGAAUAGUGAUUCUCCUCGAGGAAAUCCAGAUGGUGGUAUUUCACAUGAGGCUGAACAGCUUCUCUGUGCACUUUCCAAAACCAUGGAUCCAGACUUGUUAGCAUCCAUGCUGGGUAAAAGCUCUGAUAGUGGUGUUCUCGAAGAGCUAAUUGGUAAGAUCCAACCAGCCAGAGAGGGUGGAAGUGACCUGCUCCUCCCUCACGAGAAGGGAAGACAGGAGAAAUCAGACCUCACACAGUUCCUUGGAAUGAUAGCCAAGGUUGCCCAACCACAGAAUUUAAAAAAGAGUCAUCCAGAUAUUGAAGAUGAAGAGAAGUUCCUCUAUGGGGACGAAGAAGAAGAGGGCAAUGAGGUGACACCAACAAAUUCCAACUUUCCAGGCACAAGUUACCCACAGUCUUGUGAUAUGCAGAUAAGAGAACCUUACACAUUUGGCAAUACUGGAGAAAAUGUGAUGAUCCAUUCGCAUAGAGAAAGUAGCCAGACAGACAGGCAUAAUCCCUCGGCCACACCUGAGGUACAUGCCAAGGAAGAACCUAAUGACUUCCCACCUGGCGUUGGGCCACAGGACAUCAAGGUGAGGAAGGAGGUAGAGGAAUAUGAGAAGAUACAAGACUUGCUGAAAACAAUUGGCUUGGACCUGGGUGUGGCUGAGAUAAGCAAGAUGGCCGCUAGGACGCAAGCGCGUCUGCACGGUAACACCCCUGCAAAGACACCAACUCGUCGGCAUUCGGAUAGAAAGCGCCGUAGCAGGAGUUACAGCAGCAGUAGCAGCAGGAGCUCCAGUCGGAGUAGCAGUAGAAGCAGAAGUCGUCGAAGCCGAAGUGGCAGUUUAGAUCACACUUCAAGUCGCAGCAAGAAAAAGCCAGUUUCCCCAGAAAAAACAUCUCCAUGCUCACAUAGUCAGAACAAGAAAGAGGCUCAACCUGGCAUUGCUCAACCAGAAAGCAGCUGGCCUACGACACCCACUGUGGGUCCUGGGUCUCAGACGUAUCCCUCCCAACCCAGCCUCCCGACACAUCCCAUGCCCCCAUACCCCGGGCCACCCCCACGUGGGGUAAUGCCACCUGACUACCCACCACGAGGUUAUGAUCCGUAUGGCAAUUACGUUCCAUAUAUGCCUCCGGGAUGGCCGAUGUACCCACCUCCAGGUAUGCCGGUACCUCCUCCCAGUCCAAUGGAUCCCUACAGCCACCCUAACAUUGAGCGACCCUUUCUUAAAAUCAUCAAAACUGUGCCGAAUGAGAGUAAAGGCGAUGAUCAAAAAGCACCCCCUAAAUCAGAUCCUGUGGCCUCUAAAACGAUCACCAGUGGCAUUCAGAGGAAAGAAAUGGAAGAUAAGAAUACUGCUAGCCAAAAACAAAAGGUCAUGGAAGAGCUUGAAAAUCUAAAAAAGGAGAAAGAAGUGCAAAACAAGAGGAAAGAAAAUCUCUUAAAGGAUGUGGAGACAUUGAGAAAGCAGCAAGGGGAGCUUCUUCGAAAGAAGCGAAGGGAGAAGGAUGGGCACAAGGACCCUGUCCUCAUCGAGCUCGGUCAGCUCCAAGAAGAUGCAAUGGCCCAAAUCUCUAAAUUGCGUGCUGAACAGAGAAAGGCAGAUCAAAAAUAUGAAGAGCUGGUCAAAGUGGCUCUUAUUCUCGGUAUAGACUACAAAGACUCGAAGAUCUCUGGGGACCAUGUGCUGCAGCCCCUUCGGAGUAAGAAGGAGUCAGCCAGAAGCCCAGGGAAAUCAGGGUCCAAAACCAGCACCUCAUACAAUAAGGUAGCCUCCUCAAAAUCAAGAGCGUCUCCUGAAAAACCCAAGUCGCCACUUCCGUCGAGCAGCCAUUCCCUGGACACUGCUGCUGAGCAGUUCGAGUACUACGACGCAGGAAACCACUGGUGUAAAAACUGCAAUGUUACCAGUGGUUCAAUGUUCGAUUAUUUCAUGCAUUUACACAGCAAAACCCAUAGGAAGACUCUAGAUCCUUAUGACAGACCUUGGGCAAAAUCAGAGAGUGAAAAGAAACCCCCUGCUGGAAAGAGGACUUCAAAGCCAGCCAAAGGCUCUGAGUUCUUAAUCCCUGUAAGGGGAUUCUUCUGCCAAUUAUGUGAAGAGUUUUUUGGUGAUCCCAUUUGUGCUGAGACCCAUGUCACCUGCCAUGCUCACAAUGAAAAAUACAAGGCAAAAAUGUAUGAAAAUCCCCUCUAUGAACAAAGGAGGAACCUGGACCGUCAGGCUGGCUUAGAGAGCCAAAAGAGUUCAGAGCACAAACGAAAACGUGAAGACGACGAACAGGAUGAUAUGAAGAAAUCCAAACACAGCAAAGGAAAAAUGUCAAACAAUGAAGUGGAGCCAAAACCACAGUACAGCAAGGAAAAGGAGUAUAAGAAUAUCAAAGAGAGCGAGAAUAAACUCAAGGAGAAAUACAAGAAAGAGGAUAUAGAUAAACAGAAAUACAGGGAGGAGGAUGAUGAAAGAGCCAAAAUAAAAAAGGAAGAGGAUGAGAGAGCUAGGUACAAAAAAGAUGAUGAUGAGCGAAACCGCUUCAGAAAAGAAGAGGAAUACACAUAUAGGUACAGGAAGGAGGAAGGGGAGAGAUCCAGGUAUGAAGAGGACAGAUUUAGAAACAGAGAUGAUGAUGAUGAUGAACACAAUCGAUAUAGAGAAGAGGGCGACAGAUAUAGACUUGGAAAGGAUGAUGACAGAGGCCGAUAUGGUAGAGAAGAGGAGAAGCCCAAGUAUGGCAGAGAAGAUGAUAAGAAGUACAAAUACACUCGGGAGGUCGAAGAGAAGAAGUCAAAAUACAAAGAUGAGGACUGGGGGAAGUGGCCGAAAUCAAAGUGGGACGAGGACCAAGACAGUAACGGAAAGUAUGAAAAAAAGGAAGAUAAAGCUCAGCACCAGAAGGGCAAGGCUGGUUAUUCCAAAGAUGACAAGGAGAGCACAGGAAAGCUUAGUGCUAAAGAUGGCAAAUCAGAAUCGGAGAAACCCAGCGAGCCUCCUAAAAUAUUAUGUGGCCCAAGUCCCGCCUUGCUUGCUAAACUUCGCAAGAAGAACGAGGAAGCUACUGGUCGGCCUGGCUUUGGAAAGUUUGGUCUGAAAAAGCCACAGAAGACAGCACUGGAGAAAGAGGCUGAGAGGAUGGCGGCACAAUUCUUAAAGGAAGAGGAAGAGAGUAUGCCUUCUGAAAUGGCAGAAAACAAGGAUGCUGAGCUAGAUCCUUUUUCCAAGUCUAUAGCUGCUGCAAAAUCCAUUGCUAUCAAAUUGACAGGAAAAGCUUUGCUGCCCCCCGCAGGUGUAUGGCUAGCAUACAACGAAAAUAAAACGAAUCCUAAUUUACCUCCUCCCUUAUCUCCCAUGGUUAUUAGGAAGUCUUACACAGGUGUGCAAAAUAAACCAACACCAUCUGCUGACAAAUCUCCUGCACCUGUAACAGGAACUCAGAAGGGCCCAACAUUGUCAGCAGACCUCAUCUCUAAGGCAUUUAGUGGAGAAGAGGUGCAAUUAAAACAAACAAAGGACAUCCCUGCAAACCCUGUAGAUAUCUUCAGCAUAUCUGUACCUGUUCAGUCUCCCACUGCAGCGCCAAAAAUGGUAAAUUCCAGCCAGAUGAAACCUGUUACUCCCAGUCAAUGUGUUAUUACUCUUGAGUCUGAUGUGGCUGCUCCUGGAGUGCCUGAGGAGGAGCAGAAGCUCACCGUAAUCCUUCGUCCUCCUCCUCAGCUUUCUUCUAAUGCCAGAGACCUGCCUCCCAAAACUGUAAAGCCAAAGACAACUCUUGCAGCAGGAAAAGCAAAAGAUUUGUUUGACAUUUUCUACAGUGGCAGUGCCGCAGUUAAAACCUCUGUCAGUGGCAGUGUUGGUGACAAACAAAACUCUGGAUUUGCUCCUCAAGACAGUGGUUCAACCUGCAGAGAGUCCAACAAUAAAGACAAAAAUGUUAGUGAUGUUUGCCAGAGCAAAGAACCUCUUAAGUACGAUGACUUGAAAAUUCCCAUGAGAGAAGAACCUCUCAAGAACGAGGAGUCAGGAGUUACCCAAAAAGAACUCCCUAAGAACGAGGACUCAACAGUUACACUGAGAGAAGAACCUCUCAAGAAUGAGGAGUCAGUAGUUUCCCAAAAAGAAGUCCCCAAGAUUGAGGACUCAAAUCUUGCCCAGAGAGAAGAAUCUCCCAAGAACAUAGACUCAGAAAUUGCCCAGAGUGAAGAACCCCCCAAGAAUGAGGACUCAGAUCUUGCCCAGAGGGAAGAAUCUCCCAAGAACAUAGACUCAGAAAUUGCCCAGAGUGAAGAACCCCCCAAGAAUGAGGACUCAGAUCUUGCCCAGAGGGAAGAAUCUCCCAAGAACAUAGACUCAGAAAUUGCCCAGAGUGAAGAACCCCCCAAGAAUGAGGACUCAGAUCUUGCUCAGAGAGAAGAAUCUCCUAAGAACGAAGACUCAGUAGUUGUCCAGAGCAAAGAACCCCCCAAGAAUGAGGACUCAGAUCUUGCUCAGAGAGAAGAAUCUCCUAAGAACGAAGACUCAGUAGUUGUCCAGAGCAAAGAACCCCCCAAGAAUGAGGACUCAGAUCUUGCUCAGAGAGAAGAAUCUCCUAAGAACGAAGACUCAGUAGUUGUCCAGAGCAAAGAACCCCCCAAGAAUGAGGACUCAGAUCUUGCUCAGAGAGAAGAAUCUCCUAAGAACGAAGACUCAGUAGUUGUCCAGAGCAAAGAACCCCCCAAGAAUGAGGACUUAAAUCUUGCCCAGAGAGAAGAAUCUCCCAAGAAUGAAGACUCUGAGGUUGCCCAGACAGAAGAACCCCCCAAGAAUGAGGACUUAAAUCUUGCCCAGAGAGAAGAAUCUCCCAAGAACGAAGACUUCGAGGUUGCCCAGACAGAAGAACCCCCCAAGAAUGAGGACUCAAAUAUUGCCCAGAGAGAAAUAUCUCCCAAGAACGAAGACUUCGAGGUUGCCCAGACAGAAGAACCCCCCAAGAAUGAGGACUCAAAUAUUGCCCAGAGAGAAAUAUCUCCCAAGAACGAAGACUUCGAGGUUGCCCAGACAGAAGAACCCCCCAAGAAUGAGCACUUAAAUCUUGCCCAGAGAGAAAUAUCUCCCAAGAACGAAGACUCCGAGGUUGCCCAGACAGAAGAACCCCCCAAGAAUGAGGAGUCGAAUGUUGCCCAGAGAGAGGAAUCUCCCAAGAACGAGGACUCAGAAUUUGAACAAGCCUUUAAGGAUGCCAUCUUAAAACCUGACCUUCCAAAUGAAGAUAAUGCAAAAGAGGAAGAUUUUGACGAUCAACAAGUUCUUAAAUCUAUUGAAAUCUCUGUGGGGGAUAUAACUGUGAUGGAAGUUGAUAGUCAGGACACAAUGCAGACAAAUAAUGAAGAGGAAAACCCUCUGGAAUCUGAGGAACCCAUGUCAUUCUCUCCCCUUCCUGGUUCUUUCACUGAGCAACUAAACUUGGAUACAUUUGAAUUCAAUUUUGAGACUUUGUAAAGGACCUUCAAAGAGUAGGUUUAGGGAUGUACAUGAUACCUCUGAAUGUAAAUAAGUGAUUUUGAAGUAUUCUUUGUAUUUGCUUUAUCCAGUUAGAAUGUUUCAUGUCUAUUCUUAACCUUUUGGCAGGUAAUGCCAGUGAAAACGUGGACUGAAAAGCAUUCAUUCUGAAGUGGGUGCUGGGGAAGGAAUCCCUCUAAGAAAAUGAAAACUUUCAUCAAGUAAUGAACCCUUAGUAUGUGUAAAAGUUUUGCUAUCUUGUCAAAAGCACCUGGUGAUGAGCUACUUGUUUCCUUAUUUUGUUUCCAGCAGAAAUCAUUCCUUUUUCCCAAAGGUAAUGUAAAACAUAUAAUGAAUGUGAUGUGUAUUAAACAUUUAAGUCUGUAAAGCCAUUUGCUCUGUUCGUUCCAUUUAAAUAAAUGAAGAUAUUUUAAUGCAGGAUCCAGAAAGAUCCAGGCUCAGAGAAGAGAAAUGGUGUGGAGUUCAUGCUUCAAGGACAUAUGCGUUCACAACUCUGGCCAGAAAAUGUCAGGCUUGGCUUCUGUAGUUUUUAUUACACUGUACUCCGUAUUGAUGGCUUUUCUUUCCAGUUUCAAUUUUUUUAAGGAAUUAAUGUUGUGUUAUAAUUUUCACAUUGCUACCAUGCUACUUUAGCAUCUACAGAUAGUUGGUGUAAUUGCACAUGUUCUGUGCUAGCUCAAAUAAAUCACAGCAACCCUUUC